GUUGAGGAGGAAGUGGAAGUUUGUCGGCUUAGACCUGGUGUCAUUCCAUCAGUGUUAAACUUCCCGGCUCAUCUUGGAAGAGUACGUGCCAGAAAGACCAUGACCAAGCAGCCUUGAGAUCUUAGCAGCGUCUACCUGAGACCAAAGAACUACAGACUCUUCACAACCUGCUCAAACUCUUGGUACAGGACCUCACCACACGGGUCAAGAAGGUUUCUAUCUCAUUUCUACUCUGAAGCUCACCUUCUCCUGCUCAAACUGCUGACAUAUGUUUCUGCUGCUCUAAAGUCUGGUCUCUAGAACUUCCUAAAAACUCUCAAAGUCUCUACUGCUGCAGGUUGCUUUGUAGAACUGUUCCAGAAAACCUCACUAAACCACAUGGAGGGGCCUCAAGAUAGUCGUCCAAAUGAAACUGUACAAAAACCAAACUAGCACAACCCAAAUGCUAAAGUCUCCUGCAGCCUACCAGAGAACCUCUGAGAACAGAGAAUCAGGACAGGAACUCUUACCUUCUGGACAACCAACGUUGGUUCACAAACAAGAACACAGAAUGUGUCUGAGCAAAAACCUCUAAAGACUCACUACAGCCAAGAUAAAGACACAACUCAGCUGCACCAAAUCCACUAAUCACUGCACACAUUAGCACCACGUGCUAACUGUGGCCAAAGAACCACAUUUACCAAGACAACUAUCCAGUACAAAGCCCUAAAACACACCAAGAAACACAUUAAAGCCGAUUUUACUGCUGGAAGCUGCAAGCCAACGCCUAAAGAACAAACUAGAGCAAUGGAGCCAAACCCGGUUCACUGGUGAAGAGAAACAGAGGAAAUGUUUGGCUGCAGCCACAUAAAGCAGGAAGACACUGAGCUGCUCAGGUGUUCCUGAUAACACCAAGCAGCCACCUGGACAGCCAAUAGGAACACAGCUUCCUGGGAGUCCAGAGGGCUGGGGUUUUGAAACUUCCAAACAGACCUGAUGGUGCAAUCCUUUCUCAACAGCACUCUGGUCAUUCCACUGGAUUGCCCCAUCUUGAGUCCCUCUUAAUACAAGAACAGGAGUGAAGAGGACAAGAAAGAUAACAUCCGUUCUUCUCUGGAAGUGUUUGUUUACCAGAAUGGACAGCCAGGAGGUGGGGGAUUUACUGGAGGAAUGCCUCAAGGCAGCAGCACCGGACCAGCAGUCCAUCCAGCUGUCUGAAGCUCAGAGGCUAAAGUACUGCAGCUGCAGAGACUCGCUGUGUGCAGAGCUGGCCUCUCUGCUGCAGGAGGCCGAGGAAAUGAAGUGGCCCUUUGUGCCGGAGAAGUGGCAGUACAAGCAGUCGGUGAGCGCCGAUGACAAGACCAACCUGAGCGAGCUCAUCAGCAAGCACCUACCGCAGCUACUGGCUUUUCUGAAGGCGUCCAUCACUGCUCAGGAGGCACGCUCGGCGCUAGCGGUGGUCUUCUUAGUGGAUCGCUUCCUCUACUGGAGCGACGAGUCGAGUCGGCUGCUGAAGAUUGCCAAGCUGCUGCACAGACGCCACCCGUACGAACCCAUCGCCCCACAGCUGGUCAUACGGCAGGCCAGGGUCUAUCUAAACUCUGGCAAACUGCAGAAGGCAGAGUACAUCCUGAGCAGCCUGAUUAACAACAAUGGGGCAACAGGUUGUUGGGAAUACCGCUCUGAAAGUGAUGAGGCCCUCGUACAGGCUGUGAGCCUUCAAGUGCGUGGAAUGAUUUUGCAAAAACUAGGCCUGUGGCUCGAGGCUGCAGAGUUGAUCUGGGCUUCUCUGGUUGGUUACUACUCACUUCCUCAGCCUGAUAAAAAGGGUAUCGGAACCUCUCUUGGUAUACUGGCCAACAUUUUGGUGUCUAUGAAUGAUGAGGACUUCCGUGCUUUUAGGACUAACCGAGAUGCUGAUUUUUCUUUACUUGGGGAUGGGAGUCAUCGUCUCCUUUCAGCCGCCCAGACAGCAAAGAUGGCCGUAGUGUACAGUCAGUACACUUCACUCUAUGUAUUGACACAUGUAACGACUCAAGGCACCUGCUUUUUAUCCUACAGUUUCUCUGUGGAAUGCCCUGCCUCUCAAAGACGGUCAUUCCUCCUGCAGGCUAAGGAAGCAUUUGGAAUCGGCCUGCUCACCAUAGCAGAGGGUGAACUUGUCACGAGCAAGCAGGAGCUUCAUACCUUCCUCAAGGCUGCCUAUUCCCUCACUGUCACUCACAAAUGGCUGGGCACUCCUGGGGAGGUUGUGGAUCAGGCAGCUCAGGCUUGCCAAGAAGCUUUAGCAAAGUUUUACGAGUACUGCAAGGCCAAAACCCAAAACAAAGAAAACCUCUGUACUGAGAUCAUGCAUCUUGUUGCCCAGGUCAAGCUUCUGUUGCAAGUGGAGCCUUUCCCCAAUUCAGAUAAGCAAUCUUUCAUCCCUGACAGCUAUAGAAACGUCAAAGACACCUCUGUACAUUUCACUAUGGAAGGUUUCUCAAAGGUAAUGCAGAGAUUUCAGAAGUAUCAUGAAUCGCUGUGCAAGACCAUCAACGGUAGCUGUAGGGGAGAUAAAGAUGAGAUGGAUAGAAAAAGGCUGUGUUUAACCGCACUGGGGACAACCAUUGGGCCUCUGAGCACAGAAUGUACCACCGAAGCCUGUAAAGAGUUCACACACCUACCCAAAGCAGAGACGCCACAGCAGAGAGGUUCAGAUCCAUCCUUUGUGCAUUUGCCUCAAAAAUCUGCCCUGCCUCCCACACUAGGAAGCACAGAUAGCCUUGGCUCUUCAUGGCAGGACUUCUCUUUGAGUAGUUCAGGAUCUCCGCAGCCCAGCAGCAGUGGCUACACAGGAAGCAGCGCUAAACACGGUGAGAAUCCAAGCAAUCAGAGCUGUCUGACCACUGAGGUCGAUGAUGACAGGUCAGACAGCAUGUUGCAAUCUGCUGAUGAAAACAACAAGCAGAACUCACAGGGUUUUUUUUCUAGGGUCGGUUCCUAUGCUGCUCCAAACCCUGCAAUACCUGCCCCUUCCUCCUCCAAUGCAAUUUCAGAGAAGUUUACAGUUCUACAGGCUGAAGUAGAGACACUGAGCUCUGAGGAGGAUUGGAUGGCCAAUGUCGCUGAGGGAGCGGUGGAAUCUUUAUCUCAGGUGGCUCUUAAAACAUCGUCCAGUUCCCUCAGCGACACUUUCAGUUCCCAGUCAUCAUGGGAGAAAAUCUCAGCUGACCUUAACUCCCCCAUAUACAGAAAACCACAGCCAAGCAGCCUAUCAAAACCAGAAACUAGCCAAAUCAGUAAAUCACCAGAUUCUGAUGGGAGCUUUUACCACAUGGAGACGUUUGAUUCUGCAACCAGUGAUUCAGCUCUUGAUCACGUAUACAAAAACCACAUGUCUGGAGGAAAAGUCAGAGCCUCGUCCAAGCCACAACCUCUGGAGAGCCUCAAUGUUUUCUCAAAUAUGGAGACUGAAAUUGAUUCAGUUCCUGUAAAACAUGCAAACAACAACUCUCUAGCAACCCCACACGGUCUUUCGCAAGCUCUCCCAGAACAGUGCGCUGACACAGAGGCCUCCUCAGAAAGUUCAUUUGAGAUGUUGGAGAUGAAUCAACACAGUAGCGUGACUUCUACAGACAAAGUGGAUGUUCCUCAGAGCAAGAACCCUUUGUGCUACAGCUGUCUAAACCCCAGAACCCAAGAUGAUGUUGUCCCCACAAGACAGUAUUUGUUGUCACUGUGGGAUUACCAAGCACUGCUCGCUGGAGUUUGCCACAAGUGUCUGCUGAAGAGGUUGCACAGUGACAAGACAAAAUUCAAACUCAAGGAACACAACACUGCCUAUAAUGGUCUUCAUUUAAAGUUCUCCAAGGCCACAGGACUGUGGACGGCCAAAGAAACCUGCGUUUACAUUGGAGAGGUGAUGAUGAAGAUGAAGGACAUGAAGCCUGAGGACAUGAAGACGGAGGACCUGAAAACGGAGGACACAGAGACGGAGGACAUUAAGGCGGAGGAUGAGGUGGUGAAGGGCAGUCAGAGAUUAGCAAUAUGGGUCCAGUUUUUACACCAGGAGGAGAGGUUAAGCAGCUAUGUGGGGAAAGACUACUUGGUGCCAAAGGAGAUCCAGUUUCACUUGAAAGACGUGGAGAGACAGAUGACCGCCCAGUACUAUGUGACUGAAUUCAACAAGAGUCUCUACGACAAAAAAGUCAUGGCUCAGAUCUUCUUCAUUCCCUCCGAAGCGCUAUUGAUUUUAAACAGAGAUGAGAUUGUUGGCUGUGUAACAGUGGAGCCCUACAUGCUUGGAGACUUUGUCAAGCUGACCAACAACACUGUAGUGAAAGAAGAGCGUUUCAAGGCGACAGAAUACGGCCUCGCCUUUGGACACUUCACCUAUUUGUUUUCUAAUGGCCAGGAAAUUGUUGUAGACUUGCAAGGAUGGGUGACAGCCAACGGCAAAGGGCUGACCUACCUCACUGACCCCCAGAUUCACUCCACCAGGACCCCCAAAGGUGGGUCUAACUUUGCUGAGAGGGGGUUCAGAUACUUCCUGAAAGAGCAGCAUGGACCAGAGUGCAAUGAGAUUUGUCAGCUGCUAGAGCUACCGCCACUGAGCACACAAACAAAUAUUCUUGCUCAAAAACUUUGAGUUGUGCAGCUAUAAAUAUGGUUUCUUGACGAUAAAAAGCAAUGCUGCAACGUUUACUUGCUAUUGGGUAUUCAGGCACCAAAAUAAGUAACAUGGCCUUGAUGCAAGAUUCCAGAGCUUACAGGUUUACCUUGUGUAGUUUAAAUAACCACAUUAAUGUACUGUAUUUCCCAUAAUAUAUUACCUAAAUGCACAAAUAACAAUAAUGUAUUUUCAGCUACCAUAUCCUACUAAUGAGACUUUAGGCUUUGUAGGGCUCUAUUAUAUAAGCAUAGCAGUACAAUGUUAAUUUGUUUUAAUAAUUAUGGGAAUUAGAUUUUACAUUUGAAAUCUGCAAAAUGUAAUUUCAUUAGCUUGAUUUCCUUUUUUGUGCAGAAUGCUGGAAGAAAAAAGAGCUGACAGAGGGUUAGCGGUGUGACAUAAAAAGACUGAAAAGACAAGAUUUUUUGUAUUCCACGCUGAUAACAGCCAGGCUCUUUUGUCCGAAGGUCUGGUGCUGUUGUGGAAGUGCGUUUACUCAAGUACCGUAAUUCAGUACAAGUCAAAGUAUGUCUACUUAACUUCAGUAUUUCCAUUUAAAAAAUAAAUAUUCUUAUUCCUACUCCACUACAUUUAUCUGGCAGCUUUAGUUAGUUAUAAGAUGAAGAUUUUAUGCCUGGAUAAUAUAACAAGCUAUUAAAGUAUAUCACAUUGUUAAAGAUUAAACCAGUGUUUCACAAUCUCUUUAGACUGACAUCUUACAAAAAAAAAGCAGUGUGUGGUUGGGUUAGUUGCUAAUGGCUAAACCAGCAGCUUCCCUCUGAACUUUUCACAUGGUUUGAUUUCAGUAAAUGAUCCAUUACCUCACCAUGAAUGCAAGGUUAGAGAAAAAGUCCAAAUAUUGAAGAAAAGAUUGUCAGAAUUUUGCUUUUCCCUAUUUUCUCUCUCAUUAUUGUAUAUUGAUUUGCUGUUUCAUAUAUAUACGAUGUUGUUAAACCUGCAGCAGCUGCAAUAGUAACAUGUAGCAUAUGUGCUGCUUAUGUGAGAAACCAAAACUUCUACUUUCAUAUUUUACUGCCAAUUCUAAGUAGGAUUUUCCAUGCAGAGCAGAAGCAUCAAUGGUAUUUUAAAAAUGUCAAGGACAUUCUAAAGAAAAUUACAGGAACAUUUUAUGAUGUAGCCACUACCUGUGUGAGUAUUUACUGUUAAAUUAAAAAGUUGUCUCAAUGCUGCAUUGAAUUGUGAAAAAAUGUGAAUGCAAAAAUAAAAUACCUGUUUUGAGUCUGCAAAAAUGUUUUUCACUCUCACUGCCUCUUCACUAUGCGACUGGAUUACUGUCAAACUGGAAUAGGAGUUCAGGAAUCACCUGAUGCUAACAAGUUUACUGCUAUUUUUCACAACUUAACUAUCACAUUACUGAUGAUUUGUCUUUUAUAACUGCCAAAAAAAAUCCCCUUAUAGACAGACCAACAAUGGUGAAGAAUUGCAAAAUAAAAACGGUAUAAAGGUUGCACA